GGUGGAUCAGUUUUUCUUUCCAAAAGUACUAAUUUCGAGUUUUGUGCCCUUUAACAGCCAAAUAGUGCAAACAAAAACCAAUUACCAAUUGACGAGUCAUGUAAAAACGAUAAAACUGGAAACUUAUCACAGCAUCUUUUCCAAAACAUCAAGAAAGUUCUUACACAAAAACAUCAAAGCUGCUCAAUUUUGGUCUGCACAUUGAUUAUGUGUCGGACAGAGACUAUCGAGUAAUACCCAGUAGUCAAUUAUCUGGUUUUUGAUCGAUUCCAUCAAAAUUUGAUCUUUUUUCUUCUCUGAAGCGAAAGCUCUCGCCUUUACAUUUUCGCCAAUUGUGCAAAUUUACUGUUCCACAAGUUUUCAAAAUGAAGGCGAUCUUCAACCGUAGAGUUGUCGUCGACUCAUCUUCGCGUCUCACCAAGCUGCUCGCGAAUCCAACUACUCAUUCUCACCUGAAUCGUCAAACUUUCACUUCUCUCUAUAAACCAAACCAGAGCCGCCAUUUUCGAACACACUAUCUUCCUUCAAGCCCGUCGUCUCCUCCCGUGAGCCGCUUUGACCCUUCUCAGCUAUGGCGAUCGGAGAAAAUUCGUGGGUUUUUCGCGAGCGCUUUAGGGAACAAAGCUGUGAAAUUGGGAAAUCUCGUGGAAUCCAGAGUUGGGUUCAUUGGUUCUCAGUUUCCCAAAAAGGGUUUCGAAUUCCAGAGGUUUUCUGGGUUUCAAAGGCGUGGCUGGAAGCAUUGGCUUCAAGGGUUAUCAGAUCGUGACGUUGUUCUUGGGUUAGUUAUAGCUAAUGCUGGUGUGUUUGUGAUGUGGCGUGUUUUCAAUCAACAAUUCAUGAUGAAUAACUUCAUGAUAUCGUUGGAUAAUUUCAAGAGUGGGCGUCUACACACUCUGAUAACUUCAGCAUUCAGUCAUAUUGAUAUUGGACAUAUCGUCUCAAACAUGAUUGGACUCUACUUUUUUGGAACCAGUAUCGCUAGAAACUUUGGUCCUCAGUUCCUUUUGAAGCUGUACCUUGCUGGAGCCCUUGGGGGCUCUGUUUUCUACUUGAUUCACCAUGCUUAUAUGGCUGCAACAUCGCCCAAGGGUCAAGGAGCUUUCGUGAGGGAUCCAUCGAGAACCCCGGGACUGGGCGCGAGUGGAGCCGUGAAUGCCAUCAUGCUGCUCGAUAUCUUCCUGCACCCAAGAGCUACUCUAUACUUGGAAUUUUUCAUUCCAGUUCCGGCAAUGUUGCUUGGUAUCUUUCUCAUAGGAAAAGACAUUUUAAGGAUAACAGAGGGGAACAGUAACAUAUCAGGUUCAGCUCAUUUGGGAGGAGCUGCAGUUGCAGCCAUCGCCUGGGCUCGGAUUAGGAAAGGCCGUUUCCGCUUUUGACUUGACCUUGCUUGGUUUUGGUCAUCUUUAGAGAAAUCUAUCUAUAAAUGAUUUAAGUAAGUUUGAAUCUUUGAGACCAUAUUGUGUGUGGCUCACAUGAACAGUAAUUUUAAUCAGACUAGAUUGGUAUGGUAUUUUCUGUUUUUACUGUCAAAACUCAAAACUAUUAGUUGAAUUCAUAUUGAUACAAUAAAUGGAAUAUUUAGA